AUGAAAGUUAAUCAAGGCAAGUACAAGGUGGCCAUACUUUUGGAGUUCUUGGGCCUCGAGUAUAAUUUUCAGAAUUUGGACGUUAAAUUGAAUGAGCAAAAGGAAGAUUGGUUUCUCAAAUUGAACUCGAAUGGAUGUAUUCCAACCUUGACCGACCCUACCGCCGACAUUGCCAUCAGCGAGAUCGCUGCGAUCAUGCAUACCUUGUGGACAAGCUCCAAAGAAUAUUAUUUGCAGUUGGAGACAUUGUAUUCCCAGAUGACCGGGCUUGCCCCAGAAAAGAUCCCCUACGGUAUCGCUCGUUACACUGAGGAAACCAAGAGAUUGUACUCAGUCUUGGAGGAGCACCUCGCCGGAAACGCCAAGAGCGGGCCUCUCUACUUGGUCGGUGACUACUACUGUAUUUCGGAAAUCGCCAUCUUCCCAUGGACCUCUACCUUAUACUUUAUCGGCAUUGACAUUUUCGAGUAUCCGUUGGUUGCCAAGUGGCACCAGACCCUUGGGGCCUUGCCAGAGGUUCAGAAGGAGUUGACCAUUCCUAAGCUAUCUCCUUUCUAGAGUUUGCACUAAUAUGAAUUAUUUAUUUGGAUACUUAUCAAGGUAUAGAAGUCUGCUCGUCUAGUUAGAACAAAUAUAGAAAAAUUAUUAGUUCUAGAGUGGUUGUCAUGGAUGUUAAAAGAUGAGCCACUGGGAUGAACUACUGGGAUGAACGAACGCAAAGUAAUCUCAAAAUAUAUCAUCGAAC